AUGGCGUGGCGUUUCAAGACUUCAAAGUAUAAAAAUGCAGCCGCUAAAUUUCCAAAGCGAGAGGAAUGGAUACCAGAGUUAUCCGUAGGAAAUUUGAUGCAUUCCUGCGGCAAUCAUAUCAAAGCCAGUGGCGCCUUCAUGGCUUUCAACACUAUAAAUACAGGUGGUGGUAGUUUAGGUAUACUGCCUGUAAGUACAUCAGGACGACUGUCGAAUGGUUUGCCACAACUUCCAGCGCAUGGUGAUUACAUAACAGAUUUUGAGUUUUCUCCCUUUGAUGACUACGUUUUAGCGACAGGAUCUAAUGAUACAAAUAUAAAGGUAUGGGUGUUGCCGAAGCAGGAAGACAUUUAUACGAGUGCCUUAUCUGACAUUAAUGCCUCCAUGUCAUUUCCCAAUGAGAAGCGAGUGGAAAAUGUGACAUGGAACCCUGUAGCUGAUGGAGUGCUUGCUGCGACUGUUUUUGAUACAGUUAAAGUGUAUGAUGUGGAAAGGGGAGAUAACAAAUAUGCUUUUGGUUGCCAUGGUGACCAGAUACAGAGUGUGAGUUGGCGGGGGAGUGGCACAACCCUUGUUACUUCCUGUAAAGACAAGAACCUCCGAAUACUGGACCCACGCUCUGGAGGAAAAGUUCUGGAAGGUAAGGGACAUGAUGGGAUUAAAGACUCACGGGUGCUGUGGCUUGGUGACAAAGAUUUCCUUGUGUCCACAGGGUUCAACAGAGACAGACGUCGUGAGGUUCGCCUUUGGGACAGUCGAAGCUUUGGAUCCUCUCUACAUUGUAUAGAUGUAGGAAAUUCUACAGGGACCAUAAUGCCUUUUUAUGACAGAGAUACAAGUAUGCUGUUUUUUAUUGGAAAGGGUGACAAUCAGAUAAAGUAUUGUGAACUCACAGACAAAAGUCCAUUCAUCAAUGAGAACUUUAUAGAGAGAACAGAACAAAUUAAAGGUGCUGCAAUGGUUCCUAAACGUCUGAUGAAUGUGAUGGAGGGAGAAGUGAAUCGCCUCCUCCUUCUGACCUCCUCAGCCAUUAUACCCACGCCUUAUAUAGUGCCAAGAAAGUCCUACAAAGACUACCAUGAAGAUCUGUUUCCCGACACUUCCUCAGGGGAGCCAACUCUGUCCUCCUCAUCCUGGUUCAGCGGACAGAAUGGUCAAAUAAAGCUGAUGACCUUGAAUCCAUCUCGAAGGUCAGAUCCUGUGUCUACUCCAGGUCACUUAUUCUUAGGAAAUCAAGCUGAUACUGUUGUCAAUGGUAACACCAGCAGGGAGACAACUCCAAUUCAGAAGCCUGUGAUAAGUAAACCAGAACCUGCAUCCACCCAAGAAAUCAUAUCGCCUCCAUCUGUCAACCAGGUGUCAUCUACACAGGCUACAAACAUUCCUGACGAACCAGAAGAUAUACCUGACAGCCAAUCAGGAGAUAGCACUGCACAGACUAUGAAUCAAACAGACGAAGAAAAGGAGGUGAUACAACAUUCCUCAGUUGAAGACAUUCCUCCAGUAUCUACUCCAACUGCUACUUCAGCCAAGAGGCCAGUGAAAGUAGUUCAAAUCAAAACACCAGCCAAGGUUUUCUCAGCUGGCCGGUUGUCCAAAUUCAAGUACCUGAAGGGUCGCACAGAACACAAAGAUAAACACAUAGUCAACAUCAGGAAGCUUUCUACAACCAUUCCGGGGGAGAGUGACAUGUUUGCCGUCAACAGAACCAGAUGUGUCAUACCAAUAGAGGGCGCUGGUGGUCUACUUCAAGUACUCGAGUUCUCAAGGCUUGGUCGCCUCCAGGACACAGGUGUACCAGUACUACAGCACAAGAGUAAGGUCCUGGACUAUGUGUGGGAUCCUUUUGAUGAUGGUCGCCUUGUCGUGGCAUGUGAUGAUGCAAAAAUUUGGGUGUGGAAUAUUCCUGAAGGAGGCCUUACAGAAACAUUGACCGAGGCCUCUCAGUGUCUACAAGGUCACAUGGAAAAGAUCUACUUUGUGCGGUUCCAUCCACUGGCUAAGGACAUCUUGGUGUCCGCAUCGUAUGACAUGUCUGUCCGCAUCUGGGACCUAUCCACUGGAACUGAGGUACUCCAGGUUGAGGAACAUCCAGACCAGGUAUUCAGUGCUGCCUGGAGCCCUGAUGGUAAAUAUCUAUCUACUGUUUGUAAAGAUGGGAAACUGAGAAUAUUCAACCCCAGGAAAUAUCAGUCCCCACUCAUGGAAGGUCCUGGACCUGUGGGGUCCCGUGGUGCCAGGGUGAUCUGGGUACUAGAUGGACAGUAUCUCCUAGUCACAGGAUUCUCAUCUAAAAAUGAGAGGUGUUUAUCACUGUACGACACAGCUGAUCUGGCCACACCCCUCGAGACUGUUAAGGUGAAUGCAGCCCCACCUAUACUGGUGCCUUACUAUGAUGAGGAUAGCCACACAGUAUUCCUGUCCAGUCGGGGUGAGAACCAGCUGUAUGCAUUUGAAGUGUCUGAAGAGGAGCCUUAUCUUAGCCCACUGUCUAGCUUUGUUGGGGAGGGUCUACAUCAAGCCUUCUCAUUCCUCCCAAAAAUUACCUGUAAUCCAAAGGAGGUGGAGUUUGCACGUGCAUGGCGACUGACCUCAACUUCUGUUGAACCUGUAUCCUUCACCGUCCCCAGGGUCAAGAUGGAGUAUUUCCAGGACGACUUAUUUCCGGACACUCAAGUGACGUGGGAGCCAACCAUGACUAGUGCUGAAUGGAUAUCAGGGCUAAACAACCAGCCUAGAACCAUUAGUGUACAGCCCGCGGGAAUGAAAAAAUUGAGUGAAGCCCCAGUGGAGGCCCCUAAAACAAGUAAAUAUGACAGCUAUAAUCCUGACACCUACAAAACAGAUGAACAGAAGAAAGAAGAGCUACUGAGUGCGAUGACAAACAAACUGUCGGUACAAGGAGACCCCUUACCACAGGACCUGGCAGAGGGGGUCGACUCGGACGAAUGGGAGGAUGAAUGAAAACUUGUGAUCUCAUGGUGAGGAAGUAUUACAACACAAAAGAGUUUGUCACCAAAGGGAGGAAAUCCAUUCUUCUGUGUAAACUUGUUAAUUCAGGAUUCUUCAUUUUCUGGAUAGUGACAAAAGUCCAGAGAAGUGCUAGAGAUCAGCAAAAGUUUUGGAGAUUCUUUUUCUUUUUCUCUACUGAUCUACUCUAUUUUAAAAGUGAAAAGUGCAAUUGUUUUUCAUUGUCUGUUCUCAUGUCUUUUUAUGUAACCAAAUCAUACAUCACUAAAAAUCUGAAAAUGAACUAAGCCAAAAAUAAUAUGAAUAUUUGAAUAAGGCGAUUUUCAUUCUUGAACCAAAGACAAUUGUUGAAGAUAGUAUUUCUUUUUAGACAACACUUGUAGUUGAAACUGGUUUAGUUGUAAGAUAAAAUCAUGUUCCAAGCACAUAAGGUUUUCUGAAAAUACACAACAUUUUACAAAGUGUGUGUGGAGAUCAUAGAAAAAAAUUGUUUAGAAUAACAGAGGAAUAAGAUUGGAAAACUGAAGAUAUUUUUCGACCCACACCUCUGAAAAUAAAAAAAAAAAGAUAACCUUUAUUUAUUUUACAACAAUUGCAAAAUAAACUAUCUGCCUAUACUAAUCACCCUUGUUGGCCCGGGUGUAGGCAUGUACCCAGGGAAAUCCCACAUGGUUGUGCAGGUGACCCAAUACCUUUUUGCAUCUAUUCUGGCAAUUGAACCCUUGACUAGAUGAAAGGCAAGUAGUGAGUUACCAUUGUGCCACAUGACCACCCUCUGAAAUCCAAUCUCCAGCAGAAAUUUCAAAGGUUCAAAUUCAAUUUUCAUGUCCCUUUGUUCAUUGGUAUUAAUGACUCUUUAUUUCAAGCCUGUUUAAUAAGAAGUGGGUGAGGGAGGGUCACAGUGGUAUGCCAGGUGGAAAACACUACACAAUUGGUGGUGUUGGGACUUACUUUACCAGACUUAGUAUAUUGUACUAAAAAAAUGUAGACACUAUUAAAUCAGUCAAUAAAGAUUGCUACACAGAGAAAACUAAAAUGUUUUUAUUUGAAAAGAAGAAAGAAAAUUGUAUCUUACAUGUCAGUCAAUGAUAUCCACACUAGUACUUCCAGCAUUGCAAGAAAACUUGUGACAUUCAGACUGGGGUUCUCUGAAAUUAAUCUCAUUAUUCUAACAUCCGUUCUGUUGUGCAUGGGCAUAAACCUUCUUUCACCUUGUCUUCAAUAAUAAUGUUUUAUGAACUGGCUCCAUUAACUUUAAUUUCAUCAGUUUUUACAUUGUAUGCAAGAAUUAUAAUCCCUUGGUUAAUACAGGAAUGAGGACAAUGAAACCCCUAACAAUUUCAGUCUUAAGCUUUAUACCCUAGAUUGAAAUUGCAUUGUUUAUUUUUACAUCACAGUAGAAAUCAUAAUCGGGGAUAUGCUCCGACUUUAAGCUGGCCUUUAUAAACAAGUGGUCUUUAUACACAGGUUUUCUUGUUACGUAUAUAGCCUUGUUGAUAUAUUUUUUUGUUACAGUAAACAUGUAUUAUUUAUAAGUCUUGUAUUGUUUCUGUUUGUCAUUUAUAAUGAUGUGAUACUUACAUGUAUGUUUACAUAUACACACCUUUGUGUUUGAUGGCGUCACUUCAAUUAUGACGACGUCAAAUUUUCAUUUCAAAAAUAAGAAUUGAAGAGCCCUUUGUAAGGUGAAAGCUGCUUAUUGAUAUGUUUGUCAUUAAUUUGUUUUUUACGUCUAUAUUCUUAUGUAUAUUUCAUAACAAAUGAUUAACAAUGAAUGGACUUUAUUACUGAUUGGUGACAAGGCGAGAUGUGUGGUGUGUUGUGACUUCAAACUUCAUUAUCUCAAAUUUGACUGGAUCAUAAAAAAGUUAUUUAAGGUAAUAAUUAAGAAAUUAAAGACAAUUUUGCAAAAACUGAAUAAACAUUUCUAGUUAUAUGAGGUCUUCAAAUCUUCAGAGUUUUAGAUAUCAAAGUUUGACGAUCUGAAAACAUCAUUCUGUUUACACAAAGGAAGCACAAUAGUUGCAAAUAGUGCUCACAAAAAGUAAGCUUUCACAUGGUAGAAUUAUAUUUAUUUUCCUAGUUUUCUAUGGAAUAACAGGUUUUAUUUCACUGUAAAAUGUCAGGGGAAG